AUGGACACACGAUUCAACUCCUUGUCUCGAGAUGCGGAUGAGCCGCACAAGCUCGUCAAUGCCUUGAACGGCAUAUUUUCCGAAGUCACAGUGCGGGCUGCCAGACCAGCGUGGUUUACCAAGCUGCAGUGGUCUGCGAAUCGCAAGUUCGACGAGAAUAACGCUUUUCUCCGCAAACUCGCCCACGAGGUGAUCAGUCACCGCAGAGCAAACCCAUCCCAGAAGAAGGAUUUGUUGAAUGCCCUGGUGAACGGCAAAGACCCGGCCACAGGUAAUUCCUUGACAGAUGAUUGCAUCAUAAACAACAUGAUGGCGUUUCUGAUUGCUGGAUCAGAGACAACUGGCAAUUUGCUUGCGUUUCUGCUUUACUACCUCCUGGCAAACCCAAAGGCAUACGCAACGCUACGAGAGGAGAUCGAUAGGGUGGUGGGGAGUGACCCUUUGGCCCCCGAGCAUCUGAACAAGUUGCCGUACACCAAGGCUUGCCUGAGAGAAGCACUUCGGCUGCAACCUACGGUUCCCGUUCUAGCUGUCAAGCCAGUGGAUGUAGAUGGCCCGAUCGUACUGGGACACAAGUGGGAGCUCGACGGACCGCAGACCAUUCUUAUUUUGCUUCACCAUCUUCAUCGAGAUCCUUCUGUUUGGGGUGAGAAUGCCAAAGACUUUAACCCUGAAAGAAUGUUGGACAAGAACUUUGCGAAAUUACCGCCCAACGCAUGGAAGCCAUUCGGAAAUGGGCAACGAUCCUGUAUUGGGAAUGAAUUCGCCUUCCAAGAAGCCACUAUUGCCGUUGCACUUCUCUUUCAGAAAUUCGACUUCUCAUUCGCGGACCCGGAUUACAAACUCACCAUCAAACAAGCGGCAAGUAUCAAGCCAGCAAACCUCUUUGUACACGCCAAACUAAGACCUGGAGUCGAUGCAUUGUCGACUAACCAGGGCGUUGUGCACGAGGACACCAUCGGGAAACCCGCUCCAGCCACAGAGAACGUAUUUUCAGGCGUCAAUGACCUAAAACCGAUCAUUGUCUACUACGGUUCCAACAUGGGAACAUCAAUGGAGCUUGCCAAUAACCUGGCAAAGUCAGCUAUUCAGCGAGGUUUCCAGUGCACAGCAGCGGCUCUUGAUGAAGCCACCGGGAGUCUCAGGCCGGGAGUUUUGUCUGUAUUCAUCAGUUCGUCUUAUGACGGACAGCCCACAAACAACGGGGCCAAGUUCAUUGACUGGAUCUCAGCAUUGAGUCCAAACUCCCUGACGGGGGUUGAAUUUGUGGUUUUUGGGUGUGGCAACCGGGAAUGGAGGGACACCUUUCAGCGUAUCCCAAAUCUUAUCUUUGCUCUCUUGGAGAAACACGGUGCGAUAUCCAUCGCGGCAAAGGGAAGUGCAGAUGCUGCCGAGGGCGAUGUGCUCGCCCAGUUUGUGACGUGGCAGGCCAGUGACUUUUGGCCGUGUGUUGCGAGCCUUCACGGCGUCGCUCCUGGAACCACAGAUGAAGCAUUGCGUGUUGCGGUUGUGCAUCGCAAACCUACUUUUCAGUCUAUUCAGACGGGUGUUAGCGCCAUUGUGAAGAAGGUCUAUCGGCUUACUGAUGAUCGAGUUCGACCGAAAUACCAUCUUGAACUUGAGCUUCCGGAGGGGCACAACUACGAGGUCGGCGGCUAUCUCGAGAUACUGCCGUGCAACCCCCUGGAGCUUGUCAAACGAGCGCUCAGAGCCUUGGGGCUCAAAGAGGACGAUGUACUUGAAUUACACAGCUCGGCUUCAACCCCGCUACCUACUGGUGUGCCACUCCUGGCAAAAGACCUCCUUUCUCACCAUUUGGAUCUGAACCAGCCAGCUACUGUCAAGCAACUGGAGCUUCUCAGGGAUCACUGCGAAGUGGCAGAGGACAAGCAGGCCCUGAACUCGAUCCUCGAAGAAGGCAACAGAACCAAUGUCUUGACUCGUCGUCCGUCUGUCCUUCAGAUUCUAGAGGCUGUCAAGAUUGGCAACCUUCCCAUGUCCGCCCUAAUAGGCCUCCUCCCACCACUCAAACCCAGACCUUACUCUAUUUCAUCCUCGCCAUUAUCAUCACCGUCAAGAUGUACUUUGACUUGGUCCGUCUUGCAGCACCCAGGUCUAUCCCAUCCUCGGUUUAAUCAAAUCACCACUUACGGCCUCGCUUCCAACUUCCUGUCUGCGCUCAAAGACGGAGAUGCGUUGUCUGUUACAGUGAAACCCAGUCAUGCCGCAUUUCGGCCCUGGGCUUUGGCUGCGAGAGUCGACAUUUUCUACGCUUUCUCCCAAGACACAGAGAAUACAGAGAGUGCAGGGUGCAAGUAUGCUCAGGAUAGACUUUGGCUGGAGCGAGUUCGGGUGAUGGACCUGUGGGAACAGGGAGCAAGAAUGUAUGUUUGUGGCAGCAGGCUUGUGAACGAGGGUGUGAAGGACGUACUCAAAAGGAUGUAUGUUGAGGGUGUGCAGAAGCAAAACGGCCAAGAUCUUACGGAGGCGCAGGUUGAAGAGUGGUGGGCGAGUACAAGAAGGGACAGGUACGCGGUUGAUGUAUUCUAG